AAAGACGAAACUGCCAAAUGCAAGAAUAUGGCCAGGCUUAAAAAAUAUGGAUUGAAUACCAUUGUUAUUAUAUUUAAAGUUUUGGAAAACAUAUGCUGCUUACAACUCCCUAACAACGCUUGUGAAGAAUCGUUGGAGACUAUAUCAUACGCCUCAAAAUGUCCAUCUGAUUUCGAAGAAUAUCAGGUGGCGGCUUUAAAGAAAAACUGCAGCAAAUACAGCAACAGCUGUAGAUCCUUCGAAUACCACUGUGUUCUAAACGAUGAUACGACUAAAAUCAUUGAAGUUUGUGCACCGUCUCGCUAUAUUCAAUUUGGAAAGUGUGCAGAAUUUAACACUGGACUACGAAGUAUUCGCAGAGUCUUCUUCAGUGAUUGUACAACUUUUAAACAUCCAUGUCCAAUUUCAUACAACUCGACAGAAUCUUACCGAUAUUCUGACUGCUUUAAUAUAAUCAAAUCGACAACAAUGAUAGCACCAAUGAACACAACCGAAAAUAGAAAUGGUUCAUCAACAACAGAUAUUCCAAAGCAGGAAAAUCAAAUAUCGAGCGGAAAAGAAGCCGAGGAAGAUUCUGUCACUGGUAUAUUACUUGGUAUAGGCAUUGCAGUGGUAUUUUUGCUUGUCAUUUGUUAUGUUGUUUGGAGAUGUAAACGUAAGCAAAAAGGUAAUGAAAAAGCAGAGACGUAUAUAAGUAUCGCAAAAAUCAAAAAUGGACCAAUGGGGAUAGAGCAAUGAGCUUUACCGGGAAAAAUAAAUACAUUUAACAAUGGUAAAAUAAGUCUGCUAUGCAGAAAGUAUUUGAGCAGAGCAAUUGAAGACAGACAUCUUAAAAAAAGAGGUGGGAUGAGGUACCAAAGACAAUAAAAGAUACCAGUGAAUCUGCUCUACUAAUUGGCAUCAAAUCUUGCCUAAAAUAAGCUAUUGUGAAUGGAAUUAUCCUUGAUGCAUUAAUCAAUUUAUCAUACAGGUUAUGCAAGUAAAUUGCUGUAUAUUAAAGGGAAUUUGGCGUAAGAAAAAUCCGUUAUCACUUAGUUAAUUAAAAUUGGUUGUA